AGCAAAACAAAAAAAUUAAUGUCCGGCGGCAAUAAUUAAUUAACGAUGCUUUUGAUCUCUGUCUCCUUUGGAUCAUUCUUACAGAAUAUACCCUUCUUCUCUCCUUAACCAUUUCCUCACUUUCGGUUCUGUGAUUUGAUUUUUCUUUUCCCUUUCUUCUUCUUCAAAUAUGAUUGAUCGAUCCGUAUGAUCAUGAAUCAAGUCUGGUGAACUGGGUUCUCACGAUCAUUCGCGAUCUUCCAAAAAUCGAUUUUUUUGACUUUUAAUUCAUAAAAAAUGAACGCAGUGGGUAGGAUCGGGAGCUACAUCUACCGAGGCGUAGGCACGGUGUCAGGACCGUUCCACCCAUUCGGUGGGGCCAUCGACAUUAUCGUGGUGGAGCAACCGGACGGCACAUUCAAAUCGUCACCUUGGUACGUCAGAUUCGGCAAGUUUCAAGGGGUUUUGAAGAACAGGCGGAAUCUGAUAAAGAUCGAGGUGAACGGUGUUGAUUCAGGGUUCACUAUGUAUCUAGCUCAUACAGGCCAAGCUUACUUCCUCAGACAAGUUGAAGAUGUGCUGGGAGAAGUCUACACUUUGUCUUCGGGCGACGAAGCCGAGACUAGUAGGAGAAAGAGUAGUAGUAGUAGUAGUGAUGGUGUUGAUAAGAAGAUUAAGAUACCGUUGAAGUCUAAGAGCUGUAACUAUGAUGGUGUUGUUGGUGGGAAGCCUGGGAUUCUAGGGUUUGUGUUUGGUGGUAGAUCGGUUAAGGUAGAUGAUGGUGUCACCUCCAUGGAGCGUGCUGAGAUUGCUGCUGAUCUUUUGGAUGUUAAGUGGUCUACAAAUAUCGAUACCCGCAAGUGCGUUAAAGGCAAAGCUUCAAAGUCUUUUGAUUCGAUAUUGGAAACUCCGCUCGUUGCGUCUCCUACGUUGCAGUAUCUUGAUGAGAAAGAGCAGGAUUGUUUUCGUGAAAGCAGCAACAAUGUGGUGGAAGAUGAUGAAGAUUAUUCACUUCUUCUUGUUGAGAAUGGUUCGAGUACUGUGUUCUCUGUUACUACUAGUCAAGGGAGUGGGAAUGUCGAACCGCCGCCACUUGCACAGGAUUCUGUUAAUUUGGAUUCUAAGCAACAAGUCUUAGGUGUUCCUGAAUACCAAGCGGAUAAAACAAGCCUUCAAGAAGGGAGCAGCACUGGCUCUCUAGUUCAAGAUGAUUUUGAAAAGACUCACCCAACGAAUGGAGCAACCGUCCAGCAGCCGGAGGAACAGUUUUCCUUCAGCGAUAUUGGCGAUUGCAAAUCUGCUGAGACUAGUUCUCAAGAGUCAAGUUUUCUUCAUACAGUAAAACUUGAGAUUUAUGAUGAAAAUGAAAUUAGUCCUGAAAACGACGCAAAGGUGUUGUCAGAGCCGAUUGAGAUAGAGAGGAAAAAGGAUAACUCUGGAGAAGAGAUGGAGCGGUUGGCAGAAUCAUUACCGAUUAUGCGGCUUCACAACAACAAUGAUAUCGAUGCCGGUCCUUGUCGUCAGCCCAUGAGCCAGUCAUUUGAUCCAAGUUCCAAUACUUUGAAGCCGAGCUCGAGGGGUAGCCCAAGCUUAAAGGCAUUCGAACAUGUUAUCACUAAUCCUGAAGUGGUCGAGCUCUCUCUCUGCAAGCAUUUAUUACGUGAAGGAAUGGGAGCAGAAGCGGCUUCUCAGGCCUUCAAUUCCGAAAAAUUAGAUAUGGAGAAAUUUGCUUCUUUGGGACCAUCAGUCUUGGAGAAUGAUAUGCUUAUAGUGAAGAUUGGUGGAUGCUAUUUUCCAUGGGAUGCAGCAGCUCCUAUUAUCUUAGGAGCUGUUUCAUUCGGGACUUCUCAAGUAUUUGAGCCCAAGGGCAUGAUAGUUGUUGACCGAAAUGAGAAACCUGAUGAUGCUGUGUUAGCUCCCAGCGGUGGAAGCUGGAACCUUUGGCCUUUCUCUCAACGACGAUCAAGGAAUGAUAGCGAAGCUUCUUCUAAGGAUGUUGCUGAACUUGAGGAGAAGAAACAAGAGAAGUCGUCGCCGAGACCAGUGAAGAAGACAGUCAGGGCAUUAACUCCAACUUCUGAGCAAUUGGCUUCGCUGAAUCUGAAAGAAGGAAUGAAUACAGUGAAUUUCACUUUCUCCACCAAUAUUGUGGGUACACAACAGGUAGACGCGAGGAUAUACUUAUGGAAAUGGGAUGCUCGGAUAGUUGUUUCAGAUGUAGAUGGUACCAUCACAAGAUCCGAUGUGUUAGGCCAGUUCAUGCCUUUGGUUGGAAUAGAUUGGUCACAAACUGGUGUUACACAUUUAUUCUCGGCUGUUAAGGAAAACGGAUAUCAGCUCAUGUUUUUAAGUGCACGCGCGAUUUCUCAGGCCUCAGUCACAAGACAGUUUCUAGUUAAUCUCAAGCAGGACGGGAAAGCAUUGCCGGAUGGGCCUGUUGUUAUUUCUCCCGAUGGCCUCUUUCCUUCGCUGUUUCGGGAAGUUAUUAGAAGAGCACCUCAUGAAUUCAAGAUUUCUUGCUUGGAGGAAAUACGAGCGUUGUUUCCUCCCGAACACAACCCGUUCUAUGCUGGUUUUGGAAACAGAGACACGGAUGAGAUAAGCUACCUUAAAGUCGGAAUCCCCCGGGGAAAGAUCUUCACUAUUAACCCAAAGGGAGAAGUAGCUGUGAAUCGUAGGGUGGAUACAAGGUCAUACACAAAUCUUCAUGCUCUUGUCAAUGGAAUGUUCCCAGCUACAACAACCUCUUCUGAACCGGAGGACUUUAACACAUGGAAUUUCUGGAAACUGCCUCCUCCACCGUUUAUGUGAUUAUGAUGAUGAUAAUGAUGAUGUUGGUUUAAGAAAACGUAGAUUAGAUGAUAGAAUAACAAGGGGGUGGCCUCCAUUUUUUUUUAAUAUAAAGGACAGUAGUAUUGGUUCUUUGUUUUUUUUGUCACACUAGUUUCAAAUAUCACAGGUGUACGAUGUAUGCGCGGUUAUACUUGUAUAUAAAUAUAUUUAAUUUGUUGGACAGUAAAUCUUAGAAAACAAUCAA